UAUCCUUCAUUCCAAUCCAUCAUACAUCAAAUCCCCAAAAAAAAUCCUCAAAAAUCAUAAUGGAGGCAAACAUGUUAGUUUCAUCUUCAUAUCUCAUAAUUUUCCUUACACUACUCAAUCAUCUUCCUACAUACCAUUCCCAUUUAAGCAAAGAACACAAAACUUGUAGUCAAACAUUCAAUUGUGGGUCCCUAACCAACAUUACCUACCCUUUCUAUGGCUUAAACAGACCAUCAUAUUGUGGACACCCUGGUUUUGAGCUUCAAAAUUGCAACCAAACAAAUGCCCAUAUCAUUAUGAACUCCCAAAAUUUUACCCUUAUAAGCAUAAAUUACACAUCUUCAACUGUUAAUAUAGCUAGACAAGACUUUAAAGCAAAUUCAGGGUGUCCAAAUUCAUUAACCAACAUUAGUAUUGACUUCUCUUUGUUUCAAUACACCGAAAUGAAUGCAAAUCUUACCUUGUUUUAUGGAAAUUGUGCAAGAUUAUGUAAUCUUACGACAUUUUCGACGUUUGAUUGUCCUAUGAGUCCUGUAAAUAUACCAGUUUGUUGGUUGACAAAGAAUGUGAUGAUGAAGAAAAAUAUUACACAAGGGUCUUGUUCUAGCCAUCUUUUUCUUCCUAUUCAUAUGGAAGAUAAUUUGGGUAUGGAUAAAAGGGGAGCAUACUUUCCUGCAGUUGCUUGGAAUGGUUUUGAGCUUAAAUGGAGUGCAAAUAAUGGGUUGUGUAAGGAUUGUCUUAGAUCAGGAGGACAGUGUGGGCAUGACCCAAGUUCUAAUAAGUUUUUUUGCUUUUGUAAUGAUGAAUCUAAGUGCCCUUUUCCUGGUUCCACACCAAACAAGCACAGCCUAUCCAAGUCUGAAAUCGCGCUUAUAGCAUCUUUACCUGCUGUCACAGGAUGCAUAUUGAUCAGCAUAUGCUUCUACUUAACACGAAAAUGGUCGACAAACGAGGAUUCGCAGCACAAAACGAAACCAGAUGUUGAGGCAUUCUUAAGGAACCAUGGAACAGUUGGGCUACAAAGAUACACGUACUCUGAUCUAAAGAAAAUAACCAAUUCUUUUAGAGAAAAGUUAGGUGGAGGAGCAUAUGGUGCAGUAUACAAAGGGAAAGUGCAGCAUACAGGACAUCUUGUAGCAGUAAAAAUACUUAAAAAGGCACAAGGAAAUGCAGAGGAUUUUAUCAAUGAGGUUGCAAGUAUAGGUAAAACUAACCAUGUUAAUGUGGUUACACUUUUAGGGUUUUGUUAUGAAGGGCAAAAUAGAGCUCUUGUGUAUGACUUUAUGGUUAAUGGGUCGCUUGAGAAGUACUUGUAUGGAAGAGAUCAUCAUCAUUUGUUAUCUUGGGAAGACUUGUUCAAAAUUGCGGUAGGAAUUGCUAGAGGACUCGAGUACUUGCAUCGAGGUUGUAACACUAGAAUCCUUCAUUUCGACAUCAAACCGCAUAAUAUUCUCCUAGAUGAAAAUUUUUGUCCAAAGAUUUCGGAUUUUGGGCUUGCAAAGUUAUGCCCUCAAAAGGAGAGCUUAGUUUCGAUAUCUGAGGCUAGGGGAACUGUUGGGUACAUUGCUCCUGAGGUGUUUUUGAGGAGUUUUGGUGGUGUUUCUUAUAAGUCGGAUGUUUAUAGUUACGGAAUGUUGGUUUUGGAAAUGGUUGGGUGUAGAAGAAAUAUUGAUAUUGAAGGUACUGAAAGGAGUAGUGAGAAAUAUUUUCCGCAAUGGAUAUAUGAACAACUUGAAUCUAGAGUUGAAUUUGGUGAUGAUCAAGAGGAGGAUGAGAGGUUGAGCUAUGAAGAUAGGGAGAUUCAAAAGAAGAUGAUUUUAGUUAGCUUAGCUUGUGUGAAAACCAACCCAUCGAGUCGGCCUGAGAUGAGUAAAGUAGUAGAUAUGCUUCAAGGACGUGUUGAUUCGUUACAACUUCCUCGUAUCACCUCGUUAGCCCCCACUUCAUCACUUAUUAACUCGUCUUUGGUUGCCUCAUCCUCCUCGACUACUCCCUCUUCGGUUCCCCUUUCGUCCUCAUUCGUUGGCUCCCCGUCAGAUGCUGGCUCGCUAGGUUCACAACCAGGGUCAUUACGUACUUUUAAUGUAACACAUACUCCUACACUAUGAAACUAUAUAGUUUCAAAACCUAGAAGUAUUUCAUAAUUAGAGUUUUUAUGAAGCUAUUUAAUUUUAAAUUUUUUUUAUCCAAGUAUGUAGAGGUGUUAAGUUAAUUAUUUAAAUUGAUGAUUGUACUUCAAUCAAUUCAAAUCAGGUCGUAUUUAAUGUGGCCAAUGGUAUGAUUUAGUUUCAAAAUAUUCAAUAUACAUGUUAUUUGAAAAUA